AAGAUCCUUCCCCGAAAGUGGUCCUCUGUGUAAUCUUCGUCUUCCAAGCACAACUUUUGCGUUUUAAAGAGGCACAAGAACAGAUACAAAAGACAAACAACAUGCCAGCCAUGACGUCUUCUUCUGUGCUUCCAUCACGUGCUGAUGUCGUCUCCGGUACUUCUAAGGAGGUUACUAGUACUACUAUGGUCUCGCCUGCUUCAACCUGCACGCCAAGUACUAGUGAAGAUUUGCAAGGCCGAAGCCCGUUAGAUGAACAAGUAGAUGACACUACAACUACUGCAGCUAGCGACUCAGGAGAUCGAGAUUUGAAAAGCGCAAUUCAAACUAAGAUCAACGAACUAAGAACUUUAUUUUCAUCCGGAAAAACUAAGAGUCUGGAAUGGCGUGUUGCUAGGCUUAAAGCGUUGAAGGAACGGAUAUUGGAAAAUGAAAAAGAGAUUGUGGCGGUAUAGUGAAUGUUGGUAGCUAGGAGUUAAAAAAGUUAUGAAUGAUAUUAAGAUCAACAACGUGAUGAUCAUGAAGAUCUGAAAACCAUCAAGAUCAGCAGGAUAAAGUCUAAGAAACCUCCACAUCUACAACGACUUCAUCAGGCAAUCCGUUCCGACUUGGGUCGGCCUACCCAGGACGCCUAUAUGGCAGACUUUGCUAUUUUGGUUAGCGAAAUAGAAACGACGAUUUCGAACCUACCAAAGUGGAUGAAGGAUGAGAAACGACCUACGGGAAUGAUGGUCUAUUAUGGAUAAUGUAAAUGUUUUUCUUUUUCCAUCUGGCAGACCAUCGAGGUUGCUUCUUUUCCCCUUGAAACUGUGGGGGGGAGCCUCGACGGUUUGCAUAGAUCGAUGGAAAAAAUAUCAUUCAUAUCUAUCCCGCAACUUCAGUAGUACAGUACCAACCUAAAGGCGUGGUCCUAUGCAUCGCGCCGUGGAACUAUCCUAUCUCACUUUUGGUCAGCAAUGCAGUAACGGUCUUGGCUACGGGGAACGUAAAAAAUUUUCUUCUUCUAGCUUUGUAUUUCUAUUUCUAUUUUAUUGCGUCUGCUCGCUCCCUCAUCUAGUAGUACGUACUUACUAGCUCGUUUGUCUAUAUAGUUCUUCGUGCUGUUAAAAAAGGUCCCAACGCACACAUCAGGUCGCGAUCCUCAAGCCUUCCGAGAUAUCGGAACAGAGUUGCCGAGUCCUCUGUGAUCGUGUUUUUGCAGACUUUGAGGGCCUUUCCGCAUUUGAUGGCGGACCAGGGGAGACAAAAGCUUUGCUAUCGUUCCCGUUUGACCAUGUGGUGUACACCGGGUCGGGUGCGGUGGGGAAGAUCGUGAUGAAAGUUAAGGCGAUGCAUAUUUCUAGUGUUGCUAUUUAAUACAUUUCUACCAGGGACGAACAUCAUGAUGGACUAGAACUGACAGCAGGUCUAAGAAAGCCGCUGCUGAGCAUCUUUGUCCCUGCACACUGGAGCUAGGCGGCAAAAGCCCAGUCUUCCUGGACCGUUUUUCCACUGGUUUUUCCAGAGAUCUAGGUCUUUGGAAAACGGCUGUGCGACGGAUUUUGUGGACGAAGCAUGUGAAUGCAGGACAAAUAUGUGUGGCCGCUGACUACGUGUUACUUGCAGAGGAUGAUGUGGAGACGUUUUUGGACGCGGCUAGGGAAAUCUGGUGUAAGGAUUGGUUUCCGGAAGAAACGACAGCAGGAGGUCGAACAUCGACAAUAGAGGAGACAACUAGCCGUCGUGAUAGUGUAACUACUAGCACAACAACAACAUCUUCAGCCUCUCCUCAAACCCAUGCAGACUAUGGUGGGAAAAUAAUCUCUGAACGACACUUUGAUAGGGUAACGGGGAUGAUAGAGGACGUGGAGGAGAAAAUGAAGAGUGGAAGUGCUGAAGCAAACAGUAAGACCACCAGGUGGGGUCUCAAAGGCACCAUUGACCGAUCAAACAGACACAUUGGUCUCCACAUCGUCAUAGAUCCGCCGGAACACAGUCGGGUGAUGCAGGAGGAGAUCUUUGGACCUAUCUUAGUGGUGAAAACCAUCUCUUCAACAUCAUCUGGGAGUUCUGGAGCGUCACUUGUCCAGAAUAUGCUCUCCUUCGUCAAUGCACGUCCGCACCCUUUGGCUUUGUAUCUAAGGCUUCAUCAAUUUUUUACAUCAUAAAAAUCACUAGAUCAAUGAAAGCCCCUCCUCCCAACUCUGGAACUUCAUCGACUAGAAUUUCGCUGGAAACAAGAUCGAUCCUUCUUGAAAUGAAAAAUAGUGCUUAAGAGAAAUCCUCCAUGUUCAAUGACAGGCUCCUGCCCUAUCGGGCUACUAACCCUCCUCUAUCUGAUAGACUAUAAUCCUCCUCUAACAUCCGCUUUAUCGAAUGACGACACGUUUGUCGAGACAGUGAAGGCGAAUAGCACGUCUGGCGGCUUCGUCGGGAAUGACCUGUUAAUGCAUGUCUGCACGCAUGAUUUGCCUUUUGGUGGCGUAGGAGCUUCGGGAACCGGCCGUUUACACGGGCUUGACGGUUUCAAAGAGUUGUCACAUCAUUAUGAAGAAUCAAUUCUUGUCACACUAUUAUGAGGAAUGUUAGGUGCUGUGCUGUGACCACUGUGAGAGGGGGGUUAGUUUGACAUAAUUUGACACGAAGGGGGUUUGAAAUAUGUUGACUACAACUCUACGAGAACUACUUGAAGACGAGAAUACAUGCUGCUUGUGGUAGUUCUUCUCAAUGAAAAUCAUGAACUGACGAGUACUAUCUGAUUGUUAUGGUCCCCGACUUCUAGAUCCACAUUUCAUGAGGAGUUUGACCAUUUUUCUCGAUCGUCCACCACCACCAUCGCCACCACUAGUGCCACCCCUACCACCUUUACCAUCUCCACCACCACCACUACCACCUUUCAUACCUCCCGAGCGGUCCUGAAGCGUCCUUUGACGAUGGAUAUGCCGGAACGCUAUCCGCCUUACUUCAAGGAAACGCUGCCCUUCUACAAGCGGUUCCUAAUAGAUGGCAGUUUGGUGAAGGCGUUGGUGUGCAAAAAACGCAGCAAAACCAGAUACGAAGUGGGAGAAGUGGAGUACGAAUGACGAUCCAGAGCUUGAAACAAGUUCAAGUGGGCGUGCAUUCCUACCUUUAUGAUGCUUAAAUGAAUAUAGUUUUUCCUACCUUUAGCUUUAUCGAUCAAGAAGAAGAACAUGCUUCUUCUAGUUGUAAUAGUAAAGGUAAACAUGAAGAUAAAGUAGUUAGAACAAGAACUGACUCUAAUGAUGAAGUUCAACACUUUCCUGCUCGGGGCUACAUGCCUCCCAGCCAGUGCUACUACAUGCCUAAGACGGGUCUAAAAAAGACGAUACGAACACGGCAACAUGAUACACGUAGAAGUUUUGAUGCAGCAACGUCAAGAAAAAGAACGAUCUCAAAACAGCUGUCUGAGAUAAGUUGGAAACACGAACAAGUGUGGUAGUCGUAGAACCAAUUUCGUCGUUCCUCCGCUUUCGUUCGUCACAUGACUAUGUAACGAGAGUAUACAACAUAACUAGAAACGAGAUUAUUGAUGCUAAACUCCACUUAACAACGAGAACGAGAGCAUGAUGAGGGUACUAUCGACAACGAUGAAGAAUUUAGGAAAUAAGAUCUUAUUUCGUGAGACGCAAAUUCAAAUGAG